AUGAAUGAUACACGAAGCUACCAUACAGCAUCCGUGUUAACAAAUGGAAAAGUGUUAGCUAGUGGCGGAUUCGGUAAUGGUGUUAAUCUGAAUAGUGCAGAGUUGUAUGAUUCAUCAACAGGAAUUUGGACAACUACUGGCAGCAUGAAUAAUUCACGACGCCAGCAUACCGCAUCCGUAUUAACAAGUGGAAAAGUGUUAGUUAGUGGUGGUCAAAGUACUGGUGGUUUUAUGAUUAGUGCAGAAAUAUAUUAA